CCGGCGCCUUCCUUGUCUCGCUGGCGGACUCCGUUCCACCUUCCCUUUCCUUCAGCAGGAAGAGUGGCCUGACGGACUCUGAGGUUCCCGAGAACAUCUUGUGAAAAUGACCCAUUGGUUUCAUAGGAACCCAUUAAAAGCUACAGCUCCUGUGUCUUUUAACUACUAUGGCAUGAUCACUGGUCCUCCCGCUUCAAAGAUUUGCAAUGAUUUGAGAUCUGCCAGGACUCGGCUCCUCGAACUGUUCACUGAUUUGAGCUGUAAUCCAGAAACGAUGAAGAAUGCAGCAGACUUGUAUUUCUCUCUUUUACAAGGUUUCAUAAAUUCAGUGGGUGACUCUACCCAGGAAAGCAAAUUACGAUACAUUCAGAAUUUCAAGUGGACUGAUACAUUACAAGGACAUGUUCCAAGUGCCCAGCAGGAUGCUGUUUUUGAACUGAUUUCCAUGGGAUUUAAUGUAGCACUGUGGUAUACAAAAUAUGCUUCAAGAUUGGCUGGAAAAGAAAACAUAACAGAAGAUGAAGCAAAAGAAGUUCACCGAAGCCUAAAAAUUGCAGCUGGGAUUUUUAAACAUUUAAAGGAAAGUCACAUACCCAAACUUCUUACACCAGCAGAAAAGGGGCGGGAUUUAGAGGCUCGGCUCAUCGAUGCUUACGUCAUCCAGUGCCAGGCCGAGGCUCAAGAAGUAACAAUCGCCCGAGCAAUUGAACUGAAGCAUGCUCCGGGACUGAUCGCUGCACUUGCAUACGAAACGGCCAGCUUCUACCAGAAAGCAGAUCAUACUUUGUCCAGUUUGGAGCCUGCACACUCUGCUAAAUGGAGAAAGUACCUUCACUUGAAGAUGUGCUUCUACACAGCUUAUGCGUAUUGCUACCAUGGCCAGACUCUGUUGGCGAGUGACAAAUGUGGAGAAGCAAUCAGAUCUCUCCAAGAAGCAGAAAAAUUGUACGCAGAGGCGGAAGCCCUGUGCAAAGAGUACGGGGAAACCAAAGGACCAGGGCCAACGGCCAAGCCAUCGGGACACUUGUUCUUUCGGAAGCUAGGAAGCCUUGUGAAGAACACCCUGGACAAGUGUCAGAGAGAAAAUGGCUUCAUUUACUUUCAAAAAAUUCCAACAGAAGCCCCACAACUGGAACUCAAAGCAAACUAUGGGCUGGUAGAGCCUGUGCCUUUUGAAUUUCCUCCUAUGAGUGCUCACUGGACACCGGAAGCGCUGGCUGCAUUUGAUCUCACCAAGAGGCCCAAGGAUGACAGUAUCAAACCCAAACCGGAAGAGGAAGUGAAACCUGUAAAAGAACCAGAUAUCAAACCUCAGAAGGACACUGGGUGCUCUGUCUCAUAAGAAUGUCACUCACUUAGAAAUCUCUGCUGGUCCAUAAGAGAAACCGUGGGACCUGAGUUCCCCUCUACUGAUUACUCUGAAGCCCAUAGGAUAAUUGUUAGCUUCAGAGCGGCUUGGCCUUUAGUUUAUUUAUUCUGGAUUUUUAACAUAGAGGCAUUUCAUGAUUUUGUUUCUGGGCUCUGCUUUUUUAAUCAGUACAACAUUUGGAAGGGUUGUUUUUUACACCUCUAAUGAGUGUAUGUGGGGGUGGGGUUGGACCUUUUUUGAACUCUAGAUAGUAAGUUUCAUGUUCAUGUUUUUCUACUUUCACAAAAAUGUUUAUUCUUCUCAUUUGAUACCAGAAGAAUGUUUUGAAAAGAGAUGGGUUCACCUCACAUCACCAGCUUGUCGUAUCUGAGUCUAGCUUAGUCUUCUGGUGGGGAAACAGAAUAGCAGAACCUCAGACCAAAUUCUUUCCUUUUUUUUUUUUUUUUUUUUUUUUUUUUUUUUUUGGUUUUUUGAGACAGGGUUUCUCUGUAUAGCCUUGGCUGUCCUGGAACUCACUCUGUAGACCAGGCUGGCCUCGAACUCAGAAAUCCACCUGCCUCUGCCUCCCGAGUAUUGCUGGGAUUAAAGGCGAGCGCCAUCACCGCCCGACUAAAUUCUUUCCUUAUACUUAACCAGAGUCUAUAAUUACUAGAAAAUCACUGUCUUCAAGAAUGUGUAAGUAACUUGGAAUCGGCAGUGUGGGUCUGUGUCCUUCAGCCCCUGGCUCAGCCUCAGCAGUGUGGGGCCACGCUCUCUUCACCCUCUGUACAGACACAGUGGUUGGUUUUUUUUUUUUUUUUUUUUUUUUUUUACAAGUACCUUUUCUAAUGAACUUUUUACUUAAGGGGUAAAGCUUUGUACUAGCAUUUAGUGCUUCUGUGUAGAGAGAGAAAAAGAAUGGAAGUAGGUUUUGAAGAAGUAAAAUGUUGCAUGUUGUAAAGAAAGCCCUCAUAAACUCAACCAAGAUAGGUUGUCCUGGAUCACACUGGUAAAUCCUUUGUUAGAAGUGUUGUAAGAAAAUGCCUUUUCUUACCUGAUUUUGGUGUACAUUGUGUUUUUAACAUGGUUUUCUCCAAUAUGUAUCCUAUCAGAAUUGUUUGGCUUUAGGCCAAAGGCCAUAGCAACAGAAAGUUAGGAUAUAGACAAUAUAGACAUACAAACUAUGAUCUUUAAAGUAGGUUAUAUCACUUAAAGGAUUUGGUUAUACCCAGAGACUGGGAUGGUGGCUGUAUGAUAUUUUACCGAGUAAUAGAUGUGGGUGUAUCCUGCUUAGUUACUCUCUUGGGGUAAUAACUUCCUUUUCUAGGUGACAGAGUGCUUCAUGUAAUAGGAAUAAUAAUGUAUGUGAGAACUUACUGUGUGCCAGACAGUGUAUAGGCACAUACACAGACCACUGCAUCCCCUUAGGAACCCUGGGAGAAACACAUCAAUCUGCAUAAAGUAUUAAAACAGGAAUAUACAUCUCAUGAUGAAAAAUGAGCAGAUUAUACCUGUCAAUCAAGAUUGUAGUCAAUAAAUCAUAUAUCAUAGUUUAAACUCCUUUGAAAAGCUACAUAUAAUCACUAAGAGGGUUUUUUUUAAAUAAUUUAAAAUGUUAGUUACAGCUUGCAAUAUCUAAUAUUUGAAGCUGCUGCUUUCAGAAUACUUGGAGUAACUACUGAAUGGGAAUUAAAUUUUAUUUUGCUGCCUAUAGAAAAACAAUACUUUAUUAAGUUUUUACCCUUCCUACAGAGUCACUUGUUAAAUGCCAGUUACUAACAAAACUUUAACCAGUUCUUGCUGCUGCCUGUUUACACUCUGCCUGUAGGACUUAUUCUGUGUUCUAAUACUCAUUAACCUAGGUAGUCAUGCUGCGGUUUCUGUGGACUAAACUGCUGUUCAUAAAAUGGAAACACAUAUUAUGUCUGGCGUGUCUGUAAAGGGCAGUAAAUGCAGGUGUUUAAAUCCAUAAUUGGCAGUGUUCAUAUGUUCUCAUGAGCAGUCUUCAGUUGACUGCAAAGGUAACACCAGAUGCCUAAUAUAUGCCAUACCAUAAUGUUCUGAAGUAGUAUUGGGGAUCUGGGGAGACAUGGAAUACAAAGCACUGGCAUGCAGGCUGUGGAGAGAUGCUACUUCUCUACAGUGUUUAUAUGAUUUAUCCUUUUAUUUAUGAAAAUAAAAGCCAUUUUACUUACAUA